AUUCCUCAAAGCUUAAAUUAAAGUUGUAGUUUUGUGGUGCUUGUGUGACACUGAAUUGCUUCAUAGUGUCAAGUGUUCCAGCUAUUUUGUCCACCCCCUCAAGUUGUAACUCCUCCUUCAACACUCUUGGCCAUUACCUCUCUAUAAAUGUGGAGCUUCUCAUAUUCAUGUGCAGAAGAGUCUGGUACAGAGAUAGCAGGGCUCAAUCCAAGUUCAAUCCUCAAUUAGAAGUGAACUUAUUCUUAGACACUUGGAACUGAGAGGGUAAAGCUAUCUGUGUCCUUAUUCCUGGACAGCUGCUAAAUAUAUUUUAUAUGGCAUCUGGUGAGAGAAUGAAUGCUGAUGACUGUAAUGGGCGCUCAUAUGCACAGGGUAAUGGAGGCGAGUUAUCAACAGAACAGGAUUUUUAUGGAGCACUGCAGGGCCCUCCAGCGAAAUCUCCUACCAGUCAGCAGUCCUCGCCACACCGCUCCCUCAGUGCAAACUCCAUCAAGGUUGAGCUGUGCAGUGACGAUGAGUCACCAGAUGUUCCGCAGCCAGAGAACAGAGAGGCUGUGAGGGUUGAUAGUGGUGGAGAUGACAGAGGGGACCCCAUGGAGGAAGGAAACACAGAGUUCACUGGAGCUGGAAGAGACAAAGCGAGCAUUUACGGUGAGAUGGCCAGUCCCAAUGCAGCUUCACCAGGACCUAUCCGGCUCCCCAAUGGGAAGCUCCAGUGUGAGGUUUGUGGGAUGAUCUGCAUCGGACCCAACGUGCUGAUGGUGCACAAGCGAAGCCACACAGGUGAGAGGCCGUUCCAGUGUAACCAAUGUGGGGCCUCCUUUACCCAGAAGGGGAACUUACUGCGUCACAUAAAGCUGCAUUCAGGAGAGAAGCCUUUCAAAUGUCCCACGUGUAACUAUGCUUGUCGCCGGAGAGAUGCACUGGCUGGACACCUGCGCACACAUGCAGUCUCAUCUCCAACGGUGGGAAAACCUUUCAAGUGCAGCUUCUGUAGCCGCAGCUACAAACAACAGAACACACUAGAGGAACAUCUAGAGCGCUGCCAUAGUUAUCUGAGGAGCCUGGACCACCAGACAUCUGUCAACGCACAGUCAGCACAGGGUGAAGAGUCAGUCAAUAUGGAGAUUAUCACUAAACCUGUGCUCCAGCCAUCCAGUGAAAAAAUCCAAAUUGUAGAUAGACUGGCUAUUAGCAUCACCAAACGCAAGAGGUCAACACCACAGAAGUUUUUAGGUGAAAAGCACAUGCACCUUGAUAUACCUGAAGCACCUUAUGAAUUGUCCUCUGGCUCUGAGAAAGACGGGGACUUCAUGAGCUCUCAGCCUGCUGGGCUGGCUGAUUCACGCCUUCAAGGCGCCAGGGCUAAAAGUGACAACCAUGGGUCGCCUACUCUGUCUCAGCUCCAUCCUGCCUUUCUGUCGGAGCUCCGCACAGUUAUGGGCUCCAUUAACAGCAACGUGACUCCUCAGGGCCCCCGAGCCCAUGGCGGAGGUGGACUGGCUGCGAUGUCUCUCGGGCUGCCUGGGCGGGAGGCAGGCGAAGGCCGUGUUGACAAACCCUCAGUGCAUAGCCAUACCACCUCACCCAAUGGCUGUCCCGACUCUACAGACACAGAGAGCACAGCAGAGGAGCAGAGCACAAGGGCUACAGCCCCAACAAGUACCUCCAACAACCACCACCUCCACUAUCAAACCCCAGCACUGCCCCGCAGCCAUCCCACUUCCAGCCCCAGCCAGGCCAAAUACUUGAACCCAGAGUGGGAGAGAGCAUGUCCUGUGCCCUCCACCGUAGUAAAGAGGAGCCCUGGCUCACCCCUUUCUUCCAGGGAGACUGUGCUAGACAGGGACGGCAGGCCUGUGCGCGCCUUCCACUGCCAGCACUGUCGCAUCCUCUUCCUGGACCAUGUCAUGUUCACCAUCCACAUGGGUUGUCACGGCUUCCGUCAGCCCUUCGAGUGCAACAUCUGCGGCCACCUCAGCCAGGACCGCUACGAGUUCUCGUCUCACAUCAGCCGUGGAGAGCACCAGGUGGGCUGAGGGGAUGGGGGCUCGUGUGGCAGGAAGGCAGAGAGGCAGCUACUGCUUUCUAAAGUUGUGGGCUCACGUUUGUUCUGCACCAGAUCAGUUGCUUUAAAUCCCGAGUGUAAGUAAAAAAGUUUUGGUUUUAAUUUUGAGAGUAUUUAUGAAACUAGAAAGUAGACGCAAGUGAAGAAUCUUUUCAGCGCACCAUUUAAAGUUUAGGAGGGGGCUAAUUACAUGCUAUGAUUGAAUGCACUCCCAUAUCAAAUCAUCCAGCAAAACUACUGGUUUUGCUUCAGAAGUGCCUUCUUGGGGGAUUACCUCUUAAAAAACUGGGGUGGUGGGGUAGGUGCUCUUAAAUUUUGACUAGCCAUCUUUUCCGAAGUGAUAUAGUUAGCACUUUUAAAAGGUCAUGCACAGAGGCAUUUAAGAAAAGCAUGGCAUGUAAAUUCCAAGAAUUAUAUUUGGUAUACUUAGUAUGCACCAGGAGCUUUGUUUUUUCUGUUUGAGGAGGGUAUUUUGUCUCGGGUGUCAGGUAAGCUUAAUAUGCACUGAAGAGCUUUGUGCUUCUGGGUUUUGGAGGAGCGUUUGUCAUUGAAGCACAGAAAAGGAUUGCCUUAACUCCUACACUAGUACGCUGCUGUAGGAAUACAUAUUGUUUACAGCACGGUUUAACGGUGUGUGAAGUCACCUCAGAAGUAGAUAUUGUACAGCUGCACGGUGAGAAGACUAUCAGGACAAAGGAAAAUCAUGAGAGGAAGUAAACUUGAAAAUCAUCUGCAGGGUGAAAAGAGGCGUUCAGGGCUCAGAUGUAAAAUAGGUGUUUUUUGGAUGUUAAAGUGAGCCUCAGAAAACUGGUGCAGAUCAGACCAUGAGCCAUGUAGUGUACAGCCUGACUGAGACGACCUGGGGUGCUCUACCUACACAGGAUUGCACUUAUAGGUUCCCUGCUUAUAUAUGAGCAUCUUCGCCGAAAGCACUUUGACGGCUUUACAAUGUUUUGUUCUGUGAUUGUUUCUACUGCACUGAGAAAUCGCACCACACUCACAAAAACUGAUCACGUAAUUUGCAACGCCAGUGUGUUUUUAACGGAGCUGGCCUUCUACAGAGUCCCACGACAUUGCACUGGUUCCGUGAGGUCUCCACUCGAGUUUGCUGCAAUGUGAGACUACUAAAUCAAAUCAGUUUAAACUAGAAGAAUUCUUUUGCGGUUUUGCUCUCAGCGGUCGAGGCUGAAGGUUUUAAAUCAAUCUCCAUCAAGUAAGUGAUUUAGCAAAUGAUUUAAAAAUGAAUGAACAAAUCAGUUUGGAUCUGUUGAGUUAUCACUUGUGAUUAUCUAUUUAGUGUUGUUUGUUUCAGCCUUGUUGUAUUUAAUCAGCUAUAUUCCAAAUCUUAUCCAGCAUAUUCCUCAAGUCCAUGAAAUGUUACCUCCUGCUUCUUUAUAGCACCCAAAUACCUUAUUGCUACAGUAUGGUGAGUUAUCUGAUAAUGUUAAUAUUGGAAACACGAAUGAGACCAAACUCAGUAUUCUUACUUGUUGUUGUGGAGUUUGCUGCUUCAUAGUUUAACUUGAUUUCCUUUAAUCGCAGGCAAAGACGUACUUGAAACCGUUGAAGAAAAAAAAAUCUAAAACUGCACUUGGUUUGAUAAGUAGAGACGUGUGUGUGAAUGGAAUAUAGCAUGUGUGCUUGUCAUUUUUCUGCUUUUACCUGAACCGUGAAUUAUUUUUGAAAUGUGAAGUAAUUUCAAGAAGUGAAAAUGAGGCAUGGGUUUCUGUCUCCUCGUGUGGACUUUUCAAUGUUCUAUGAUAUUUUGUGAAUGAUGUAACAUGACAAAACACUUUACCUCAAAGUUAAAGAUGUACAACUGCCUCAUUAUUUAAAAAAAAAGUCAUGUUCCUUUCUGAGAUGUUCUUGCAGUUACAAAUGCGUG